CUUGUCUGUGCAGAGACACAACUGUCUGUUUACACUUGUGCAUUUGGUGGCAGCUUUACUUGGUUUGUAAUGCAAAUUUAUGCAUGUCAGUGAGCCUUACUGUAAAAUCUCAUCACAUGACCGUAAUUGGAACUACUUGUAAUUGAGAUUCUCUUCCAGAAAAGGCGUGAACUAUAUUAUAGUUCUGUACCUUGCUCUUUCAGGUCUCAUGCCUACACUACUGCAGAUAUUUCCCCAUGCAGGUUGCCAAUUUGGAUUCUAUGAGUUGUUCAGAAUCAUAUGGAAUUUGUGGCACGGCAGCACCAAUGUUCUCAGCCCUGUUGUACCAAUAUCAGAGAGCCUUGUUUGUGGAGCCAGUGCUGGCAUUUGCAGUAAGGCUGUCGUUUAUCCCUUGGAUCUAGUCAAGAAACGACUACAAAUACAAGGAUUUGAAAUUGCAAGAGCACGUUUUGGUGUAGUCCGACAAUACAACAGUCUUCAUCAUGCUUUGCAGCUCAUUCUCAAAGAAGAAGGCAUUUUAGGACUGUACAAAGGUUUCAUGCCAAGUGUGCUAAAGGCGGGAAUGGCAGUUGGGGUGACAUUUGCAAGUUACGAACUGUGCUGUAGUUUUAUUCGAAGUUACAGAACCUGGACACCAUACAUAGUGUAAUAUCAUAUAUGAUACAAAUCAAAGUUAUGCUAGCCAAUACUAUCAAUUCCAGGAG